GAGGAAGAAGAGGAAGAGAAAGACAAAGGAAGAAGGACAUUUUUCCAAUUUUGUCUCUAAGGAAAAAGAGAGAUUUUGUAUAAGAGGGAGGAAAGGUAGGAAGUUUGAAGAGGAGACAAAAGAGGAGGUAAAAAACAAAAAGAAAGGAAAGAAGAAGAAGAAGAAGAAGAAGAAGAAGAAGAAGGAGGCCGGUGGUGGUGGUGGUGGUGGUGUGCUGGUGGUAGUAAUAAUAGUAGUAGAGUAGAGAGAACGAAAGCGUCGGUCGAUCGUAAAAAUGUAAUGACCCGGCGACGAGAGAGGGAAAAAAGGUAGAGCUCCGCUUGGAAAGUUUUAGCAGCAAGCUACGUCGUAACUACGAUAAGAACGAAGAAGCACCACCGACAGGAAAGCUCAUGGCGUGAGAGCUCGAACAAUCGACCGGAAGGGAUUCGCGGCUAUCGUUUCUCUUUUCUUAUUUUCGUCGUCUCUGAGCGAGCAACUCGAGCGAAAGCUCGACCACAAGGAUCAGGAUGCACGCGGUUGGAUUGCAUUCGGCGCUGGCCAUCAAGCGUCAAAGAAAGCGUCGGGAUGAGCAACGUCGUGCUCGUGAGCGCCGUUAUAGCGCCCAAUCGGGUGAGAGUGGGCUGACAUCGCCGAGAGCGUCGACCGGUUCCCUGGACCAUCAUCCAAGACACCAUAAAGGAGCACACCCUAAUCGCGCCGCGGGACAAGGCAUGUUGGAUACAAAGGUGGUCACUUCUAUUGGGAUGCUCCACAUCGGAGUGGUCUUUUUAGUUUUGGGAGCAUUCUUACUGAUGAGCGGUCUUCUGCCCGGUGAUUUGGCUCACUGGAGUAGCGAACGCUCCGGCGGUUGGUGGAAUGAGUUGGUCGCUGUUGGUCUCUUCGCCAUUUUAGUUGGCAUCUUUUUGAUCAUUCUCAAUCGUUUAAUUGCAAGGAAGGAAGAAAACGAUCUCGAGGAAUACGUUCAAAGACAAUUAACCAGGUCCAGGUCAGGGCAUCGAUUAGAAAGAGAUGUCGAAACUGGUGGACUUACCACCAGACACGCCAGAAGGGUCAAACAGAUGCAGCAGAUACCGUCCGUUGGAUCGAUCACGACUGAAGAUGAAAAGAACUCGGAAAACUCUCCACCGAAGAGCCCUCCACCGGCUUACUCUCCGCCACCGGUUAUCAACGGCGAUAAUCAAAACGUACAGUCGACUCUCUUUCUCGAACAAAUCACCGAAGAAGAAAUCAUCAGCGAUCGAGUUGAAACGUCGACUACCAACAGCCUCAGUCCUGGUUCACCUAGCGAGACGAGAGAACUUUUACAAAAUCCUAAAUAUUCCAAGCAAAAUGGAAACCCUCAACAAGCUCAUAGAUCUCUUUACGUCUCGAGAAUUUAGAUGUCAAAGAAGCUCUUACUUCCUUUCAAAUCGCGAAUUAAAUGUCAAUCGCUUUUGGGCUUUUAAACAAGUCCCCUAACUAACGUUUGCGCGUCGAAAAAUCUAACAUGAUCUAUUAUAACGUCUAUCACCAUCCUUGGCAUAUCUUAGACAAUUUCUAAUCUAAUCCUUGGUGACAGGAAUAAACGCUUCAUUAUCGUUGUCUCCUGAUUCCAAAAUUCGGACUAUUUAUCUUCGUUGAAAAUCAUUAUUUAAUCCUUUCGUUUAACAAAGGAUAAUAUUGUUAUUAUACAUUCCAAUGAGAGAUGAUACGAACGUCAAAAUGAUUAUCGAUAUAUAUAUAUAGAGAGAGAGAGGAACGAUUCUCCAACGAUUUUCCAACGAUUUUCCAACGAUUUUGCAACAUCAAUGAUGUUCAGAAGGAAAGUUUGUAAUUUUGCUUCCGACGAUCAUUUACGGUGAUCGUAUUAUAAACGUCGUGCUUUGCGUGUUGCCGACACGAAUUUCCAUCAACGACUAGAAGGUAUACUCUGUCAAAUUAAGCUCGGUAUUACGCUAGGAGUUAGAAAUUUCUGCUUUGAAUCGAAUAGGCUUGUUAUAUCGAUUUAAUCCUUUAACCACGCAGACCUGUUAUCCAUAACAUUAUCCGUUAUAACAUUAGUUUCGGUUUACGAAGGACGUCGUUCUACAAACCAAAUUUAUUUAACAAAAAAACUCGCAAACGAACUAACACCUCAAACAUAUUAUUUUUACGUUUCUUUAAAUUAUCUAGCAGACAACAAGUAUAAACUAACUUUUGUCAUUACUUUAUUCUACUAAACACUGCCUGUUCACAUUUCAAUUACACUCAAACUUGAGUUUAUUAAUUAAAUGUUCCUAUUUUAUAAAAUUCGUUAGAACCUUCAACAGCACUUAUGUGAUUAAAACGAUCACGAACUACGACUGGUGGUGUAAAUUUUCAAGUUUGUUCGUUUUCAAAAUGAAAAAUAUUGAACGCGAUCGGGACAACAGAAUUUCCAGUGAAAAUACUAUAAUUGCGUAUGAGCAAAUCGAAAAUGGAAAAAUAAUUCGUAAUAUAAUUCUGGACGUUCGUUAUUUGGAAAAUGUAUUCGUGAUCAAUACGAUACUUAAAUCUUUAAAAGAUUAUUAAUAAUUAAAACAUUCCUUUCUGCGAUUCUAAUGAUUGUUUUGACGCGUUGUCUAUAUUUUUUCUAAGUUAGGAAAAAUAUAUCAUUCGUCUAAUAUAUCUGAUCAUUUAUGUCGAUCAUGAUUUAUAAAGGUUUUCUUUGAAUCACGAAAGAACGUGGAAAUUAGCGAUGUAACAAUCAUGUACAAUCAAAUUUACACAUCGUCAUUCUACUCAUAAACAAAUGAAACAGCUCGAUUUUACAAAAUAUUUGUAAAUAUUCGACAGGUGUUUAAGAAUGUGAAAUAAUCGAUAGAAUAUCUUUUAUACGUGGAGAUAAAUGAAAGACAAGAAAAAAAGAUCAAACAAAUUUACUUAUGCACAUACAUACAUAUAUACAUAUAUAUUAUAUACGUACAAUUACUAUGAUUCAAUUAAUGUUUAUUUUAUAAAUGUUGGUUCUUUUCUUUUUUUUAUGUCAAUAUGCAUUCCAUUAAACUUAACUAAUUCCAUCGAAUUUGAAUAUUAUUUCGAUCAAUGCGUUUGAGAUUUUUAUUAUUUUUGGUGAGAACAGAGAUUUAUUGUUUUUUUCUUUUCUUUUCUCUUUUUUUUUAGUUGGCACAAUAAUUCUAUCAAGUUUAAUCGAAAGUGAGAAAAAUCGUUUUGGAUCAAAACGAUCUGGUUUCUAGAUCGUUUAUCGCCUACGAUUGAUAGGUAAUCGUACUUUCGUCCAAUUAAUGCCUUCGAAUAGGCUGUAUAUCUUUUUCAAUGUGAAUUAAGAUGUUUAAGACGUCAAAUGAUAACUAAUAGAAAUGUGAAACUAAAAAAAAUUGUAAAAAAAAAAAGAAAAAUAUCAAAAAAAAAAAAA